AUGACAAUAGCCGAGAUCUACGAAACCGAGUUAGUUGAUCUGGACAAAGCCUGUGCGGCUUACUCGCAGGCCGCCGACUGGUUUCAGGGCGAAGACUCGACCAGCUCUGCCAACAAGGCUUUGCUAAAGGUCGCCUUCUUCUCGGCGCAAUUAGAGCACUACGAAAAAGCAGUGGACAUCUACGAAUCCGUGGGUCUACAGGCUAUCGAGAACAACCUACUCAAGUACGGUGCCAGGGAACAUUUCCUCAAGGCCGGCAUAUGCUCACUGUGUAGCGGG